AUGAGCACUAGAGGUACUCGUGGUAGAGGCCGUGGCAGAGGUCAUGAUAGUGCUCGGGCUGGGUCUUCGUCUUUUGGACACCAGCCUAAUGAGGAAGUUAGAGAGGCACCAGCUUCACCUAUGGCUGAGAGGGAGUGGGAUUUUGUAGCACUGGUUGAUAAGGUAAAGAUUACCGAGGAUGUGACGCGUGUUGAGUGCCAGAAUAGAGAGAAAGGCAGAGGUAAGAGGGAUGCUGAGCCCUCAAAUUCUUUUCAGAGGUUUAAGAAAAAGCCUAGAGCUAAUGGACCAAUCAGAGUUAGGACCCCUAGGCCCGAGUGGAUGCAAGCUACUGGGUUGGGUAAUGUAAAAUGGGGCGGUCAGCAGCCACCGAGAGGCUGUGGUCAGGCCAGGGGUGGAAAUGGUGUAGGUUGUGGUCGUGGAGCACCAGGCAGAGGUGUUGGUCAUGCUAAGGCAAGGCAGCCGGCGUUGGUUUAUGUUGUACGUUGCCGAGAGGACAGAGAUGCUCUAGAUAUCAUAACGGGUACAUUCUCUAUCCAUAAUGUAUCUUAUACUGCAUUGAUUGAUGUUGGGUCUACGCAUUCAUACAUAAGAUGCUCUGUGUCAGAGAUAUUGGGUAUUAUGGCUGAAAACACUAUGAGUGAGAUUACUAUCUUAAGUCUACUAGGACAGUCUGUUCGGGUAAAUAAGUUGUUUAGAGAGGUUCCCUUGGAGAUACAAGGAGUUGUCUUUACGGUCGAUCAUAUAGAGCUGCCUUUCAGAGAAUUCGACUUAAUACUGAGUAUGGAUUGGCUAGUUAAACAUCGGGUAAGUUUGGAUUGUGCCACUAAAUGGGUUGUACUUAGAAUUGAGGCAGAUGAGGAGGUAGUGGUAAUUGGAGAACGACAAAACUAUUUGAGUAAUGUAAUUUCUGCGCUAAGAGCCAAGAAGUUGGUGCGCAAGGGUUGUGAGGCGUUCCUGGCCUAUUUCAGUGUUUCAGAUGUCAGGGACUCUUCGGUAAGAAAUAUCAGGACUAUUAAGGAUUUUUUGGACGUCUUUCUUGAAGAAUUAUCAGGGUUACCUCCAGAACAUGAAGUAGAGUUUGGGAUUGAGCUCCUUCCUGGUACGGUUCCAGUGUUUAUUGCCCCUUACAGAAUGGCACCGAAAGAGCUUGUGGAGCUUAAGGCCAAGAUUUAG